AUGUCCAUUGAAAGUUUUCAAAAAAUGGUAGAGAUUCAUGCUAAACUAAGUGAACUGGCAAAUUAUUUAACAAAUAAACCAAUUGUUCAGCUUACUCAUAUGAUUGAAAAAAUGCUUUUAGAUUCUGCUAAGAAGUCUUUCAAAGAUAAACCCAAAAAUGGCAACUACAAAAAUGACGGCUGA